AUGGCUACUACCGCGAUGGAUUACGAGGCUGCCAAUGGCGACCGGUACGAAGAUGAGGCUCCUCGUUACGAGCGCGACAACCGAAGCGCCUCGCCUCGCCCCCGUGACGACAACGAGGGCAGCCGUCGUCGCUCCGCUUCACCCGGCGGCCAUGGUGACAGCAACAUGAAGGACGUUUCCGCUCCUCGAGAUGACGAUGAUGGUGCCAUCAACCCUGGCUCCAACCUUUUCGUCACAGGCAUCCACCCCAAGCUCUCUGAAGCUGAGGUUUCGAAGAUGUUCGAAAAAUACGGCGAUGUCGAGAAGUGUCAAAUCAUGCGCGACCCCCACACCAAGGAGUCCCGUGGAUUUGGUUUCGUCAAGAUGGUUACUUCUGACCAAGCCGAAGCUGCCAAAGAGGGUCUUCAAGGCGAGCAGAUCGAGGGCCGCACCAUGAGCAUCGAAAAGGCCCGCAGAGCCCGUCCUCGCACCCCAACUCCAGGCAAAUACUUUGGCCCGCCCAAGAGAGAGCCUCGUCCUGGACGUUACGAGGAUCGCCGCCGUGGAGGCUACGGUGGCGGCGGCGGCGGCGGCGGUGGUUACGGCCGUGAUGACCCCUAUCGCUACCGUGGCUACGAGCGCAACUACGAGCGAAGAUACGAUGACCGCGGUGGUAACUACGGCGGCGGCGGCGGCGGCAGCAGCAGCGGCGGUGGUGGUGGCGGCGGCGGUGCUGGCGGUCGGGACUAUGAUCGAAGCUACCGUGACGAACGUCGCUACGAAGAUCGAGGUGGUGGCUAUGGUGGCCGAGACUACGACCGUGGUUACGAGCGCCGUGACCGCGAUGAGGGUUAUGGCCGUGACCGCUACGGCGGCGGCGGCGGUGGCGGUGGCCGUGAGGACCGAGACCGUUAUGGUGCCCGCGGAGGUCCUGGUGGCUCUGGCUACGAGCGUGGCGGUGACCGAUACGAACGCGGCGGCGACCGAGAUGCUGCCCGAAGUCGUGAUCCCGCUGCCAGCGCUGGUGCUGGUGCUGGGUAUGGCGAGUCCGCUUCUCGAUCCGAGACACGCGAUGCUUAUGGAGGUUUGGGCUACCACUGA